AUGACUAUAUCUGGUGCUAGAUUUGCAGCAUAUUCUGCAAUUGCUCUUAGUUUAUUAUCUUUAAUUUCUGUUAGUAUUUUUUUACCUGCUUUAUGGAGUCGUAUUAAUUUUGUUUCUGAUGAUGUACAACAAGAUAUGACUCAAUUUCGUAUUCUUCAAACAGAAGUAUGGUCAAGAAUUAAAGUAAAAACAGGAAAUAUUUUUGCUCCUUAUAUAAGGGAUAAAAGACAAACUUCUGGACCAGGACAAUGUCGAUGUAAUGAUAGAAAUACAUGUCCAUCUGGGCCACCAGGAUCACCAGGAGAACCAGGAUUAGAUGGAGAUAAUGGUGAACCAGGAGCCCCUGGACGAAUAGGUAUUCCAGGAAAUUAUCCAUCGGUUCAAGUAGAUGUUGGAAGAAAUUGUAGAUUAUGUCCAGAUGGUCCACCAGGACCAACAGGUUCAUCAGGAUCAGAUGGACCACCAGGUGAACCAGGACAAAAUGGAAUACCAGGUAGACUUGGAGAAAUAGGAUUCCCAGGAACACCAGGUCAUCAAGGUAUUGGAGGUGAACCAGGAACUAAUGGAAAAAUGGGUCCACCAGGAGAUAAAGGUGCUGAUGGUGAUCAUGGAGGAAAAGGAGAACCUGGACAAUCAGGACCUCCUGGUCCACCAGGAAGUAAAGGAUUUCCAGGACAACAAGGAAUGGAUGGAAGUCCAGGAUUUCAAGGAUCACCAGGAAAAAGUGGUGAAACUGGUCCAGUUGGUCCUCAAGGUCCACCUGGUUAUCCUGGUGCACCUGGUGGUUCAGGAAAAGUUGGUGAAGAUGCAUCAUAUUGUCCUUGUCCACCACGUUCAAAGAAAAAAGUUGUUAUUUAA